AUGACGACCGGUCCGAUGACAAAGCCUGGCAUCAUUCUGGCCUUGUCCUCAUACCUCGCGAUUCUUACGCUUCGGCCGUCAGGUUGCUUCGCGCGGCCACCUGCCGUUGUUCUAGAUGGGGAGAACGACCAGCAAGAACGGAGGUUAGUCGUGGAGCUGAAAGAGGCUGGACGUGACGGUAAUUGGUUCAAGGCCGAGAUGCUUCUGGGCAAGUAUACUGGCUGUGCUGUGGCGGUUUUUACAGCAGCUUUGGCUGUGGCGCAUCGAUGUGGAAGAUAUCGCGAAGGUGCCAGGAUCUAUGAAAAGUUCCGCGCUGCGGAUCAGGUCCGUUCAAACGAUGCAGCGCUCCAAGCAGAAGCUAUCCGCAUCUUUGCGAAGCUUCGAGCCUUCGGCCGCGUGCGCCAAGUCUGGGGAGAAGCCCGGGAUGCAGGUGCGGUGAGCACCAUGCUCCUCUCCGCGCGCCUCGAGGCUGCGGCCGCCGAGGGGGACGUGGACGCGGCCGAGGCUGCUCUCCAGGAGAUGUGUGAAAGGGGCAUGGCACCGGGUGUGGAGCACUUCAACUCGGCCAUUUUGGCAUGCGAAAACUCGGACAAGUUCACCCCGGCCGCUAUGUUCCUUUUCGAGUCCAUGCUGACUCAGGCAGUGGUCGUUAUAAAUGCACACACACACACACACACACACACACACACACACACACACACACACACACACACACACACACACACACACACACACACACACACACACACACACACACACACACACACACACACACACACACACCACACACACACACACACACACACACACACACACACACACACACACACACACACACACACACACACACACACACACACACACACACACACACACACACACACACACACACACACACACACACACACACACACACACACACACACACACACACACACACACACACACACACACACACACACACACACACACACACACACACACACACACACACACACACACACACACACACACACACACACACACACACACACACACACACACACACACACACACACACACACACACACACACACACACACACACACACACACACACACACACACACACACACACACACACACACACACACACACACACACACACACACACACACACACACACACACACACACACACACACACACACACACACACACACACACAUAUGUCUCCUAAUUAUCGGUCUGGUGGGUAG